AUGCCUGGUGUCUGGAUUUUCAGAGUUUCUGUCCUGCUGCUGAUUCUUUGGUCGGACCCCCUGGUCUGCCAACACACAACGGACCACAGGAAGGUUACUCAGAGGGCAGAGCCCCAGCAGGAGUUCAGGGCAGAGCAUGGAGAAAUUCAAGGCUCCUGGGGCGCCUGGGGUGCCUGGUCAACCUGCUCCCGGACCUGUGGAACAGGGGUGCAAGAGCAGAGCAGGCCCUGCCUGCCUGUUUACACUCCAUCCCAAUACCCCUCCAGAAGAGCUGGUGUCCACCCCCAGCACCCAGGCCAUGUCAUUUCCGCCCUGCGGCCAACAGUCCCCCUGCACCGCGACAUGGGCAGGUCCAACAGCAGCAGCCGCGGAGAGCUGAGGGAGGAGAAGCAGACCCGGCCUGGUGGACGCAGGAGGGUCACUCACAUCAUCCCGGGGAGGUACGGCUACGGGAGAGCUCCUUAUGUUGCUCCAUUGCAGACGGAUACAGGUCAAAGCUCUGGGACGGCUCGUCCCCACAGACAGAGACGCUCUGCUGCGGCUGAUGCCCACCGCCCCAACACAAGAGGCCACGGCGGCCACAGGUCAAACAACCUCGACCCCCCCAAUAACCUCCCUCGCUACAGCAGACCCUACAUGCAGCCCAGGGCGCAGCAGCCCCAAAAUAACCAAGUCUGGGCCCCCCUCUACCAGCCUGGUUUGGAUAACCAGGCUCAGGUCCAGCAGGAAGCACAGUCAGGCAGCCAGACAUAUGGACCCCAGCAGCACCAAGACAGACCCUACAACCCCCUGCCUACUUCCUUCUGCACAGGGGAGCAUGCUCACUACAGGACGUGCAACAGUAAUGCCUGUCCUCCAUCCAGCAGACACAUCAGGGCUGUUCAGUGUUCUUCAUACAACAGCCGACCUUUCAUGGGCAGACUGUACGAGUGGGAGCCUUUCAAUGAGGUACCUGGGGAUCAGCAUUGUGAACUCAACUGCCGGGCCAUAGGGUUCAGGUUCUACGUGCGACAGUCGGACCGGGUGAUCGACGGGACGCCGUGUGGCAAGAAUGACACUUCUCUCUGUGUGGCGGGAAAGUGUACGAGUCUAGGCUGCGAUGAUUAUCUCGGCUCGGGAAAGGUGGUGGACAAGUGCGGCGUGUGCGGAGGAGACAACACGACCUGCAGGCUGGUCUCCGGAGUGUUUAAACACACUUUAUCCAAGAUCGGCUACCACAAGAUCGUGGAGAUCCCAGAGGGCGCCACCAAGAUCAACGUCACGGAGAUGGUGAAGAGCAGAAACUACCUAGCUCUCCGAAGCCGAUCAGGGCGAUCCAUCAUUAAUGGAAACUGGGCUAUUGACCGACCAGGCAAGUACGAGGGAGGGGGGACCAUGUUCACCUAUCGGCGGCCAAACGAAAUCAGCAGCACAGCUGGGGAGUCCUUUCUCGCUGAAGGGCCCACCAAUGAGAUCCUGGACGUUUAUAUGAUCUUCCAGCAGCCUAAUCCUGGUGUCCACUAUGAGUACAUUCUCCCCUCUGAGAACCCAGCCAGCCCUCAGCAAGAAGGGAACGCUGUGAAUGGACAGGGCGGAUACGGCCACCACAGCAACACUCACCAGGAAAACUUCGAUCCAGCAGGAGCGGGGAGGGACCCCCCUCAUCUCCCCGGCAACCAGGUUCCCGUCGUGCAGCCGCCCAGACGCACGCGAGAGUACAACUGGAAACUGGCUGGUGCCACAGAGUGCAGCGCCUCCUGUGGUAAAGGAUUCAGAUACUCCACCUUUCACUGUGUGUCCCGGCUAAACCACGUCCAGGUGUCAGAUGCUUUGUGUGAUAGCAGCAGCAGGCCGACUCCACAGGAAGAGGCCUGCAACCUGCAGCCCUGCCCAGCCUUCUGGGAUAUUGGAGAGUGGUCAGAAUGCAGUAAGACCUGCGGGCUGGGCAUGCAGCACCGGCAGGUCCUGUGCCGCCAGAUUUACGCCAAUCGCACCCUCAAUGUCCACACCAGCCGUUGUCGAGACUUGGAGCGGCCCGAAAUCGCCAGUACCUGCCAGCUGAAGAUCUGCAGUGAGUGGCAGAUCCGCACCGAGUGGACCGCUUGCUCUGUGCCAUGUGGGCUGGGCCAGAGAUCGCGAGAGGUGCGCUGUGUCAGCAACGUGGGCGACUUUGUUCCUGAUGAGGAGUGCAACAUGAAUCUGCGACCCGUCGAUGCAGAGAACUGUGACAUGGGAGCCUGUGCCAAGAGUUGGUUCUACACCGAGUGGGGCACUCGGUGCUCAGCUGAAUGUGGGAUGGGUGUACGGACCCGGGGAGUCCUCUGCCUGACCAACCACAUCAGCAGCCUCCCUCUGGAGGGCUGUGGCAAUGAGCGGCCCACAGACUCUCAGGUCUGCAACAACGGCCCCUGUGAGAACCGCAUCGAGUGGUACACAGGCCCCUGGAGCCAGUGCUCUGCAGAGUGUGGCGCAGGCAGCCAGCAGAGGUCAGUGGUGUGUCUGAUGAAGUCAGACGAAGGAUUCUCCGUCAUGCCGCCGUAUGAGUGCUCCUCCCUGGAGCGACCCCUCAGCCAGCAGAGCUGCAACCUCAAGGACUGUGGAGCAAAGUGGUAUCACACCGACUGGAGUGCUUGUUCAAAAACAUGUGAGGGAGGUUUCCGUGUGCGGGAGGUGCGCUGCCUGUCUGAUGACAUGCAGUCCAACGAGGGCUGCGACGAGCAGCUGAGACCAGCAGAGAAGGAGGACUGCAACCCAGAGCCCUGCGUACCUCGCAUAGAUGAGAACUGCAAAGACAAAUACUUUAACUGCAACGUGGUGGUCCAGGCUCGCCUCUGCGUGUACGAUUACUACAAGACGACGUGCUGUGCUUCAUGUUCACGAGUGAGCCACAGACAGUCGGUUCGUCGGGGCCGCAGCUAG